AUGCGGUACGCAGCACUCUCUCUACUCGUCGCUGCCAGCGCCGUCGCCGCCCUCGAGCGCACGACCGGCUGGCUCCACUGCCCGCUGCGCUACUCGGCCGCCGUCUUUGGUAAGGACUGGCGCAACACGACGUGCGCAACGUUCAACGCACCGCUCUGCUACCCCGGCACGUGCGCCUCGACGACGACCAACAUCUCGGUGUUUGUCAAGCGCCUCGAAGCCGAGAACGGCGCUUUGCCCAAGGCCAUUUGGCUGCUGCAAGGCGGCCCCGGCGCGUCGUCCAUCAACAUGGAAGGCUACAUGCAGAAUGUGUACCUCGCGCUCAACAAGAGCGUGAGCGUCUACACGAUGGACCACCGCGGCACGGGCAAGAGCACGUAUUUGGACUGCGCGACGACCGAAGCGACGACCAACGGCAGCCCGUGGGGCACCUCCAUUAGCCCCUCCGAGCUGCCCGAGUGCCUCCGCAACGUGCGCCAGGUCUACGGCGACGAUGCGGCCGCGGGCUUUUCGUCGCAUAGCGCGGCAAGCGAUGUGGCGGCUCUCAUCCAGACGGUCACACCAAAUGCCGAGACGUACGUGUACGGUGUCAGCUAUGGCACACACUGGGUGCGCCGGCUCAUGGCGCUCAACCCACCGACGGUCAAGGGCUACAUUUUGGACGGCGUCUCGGGCCUCUUCUCCCGCUGGAAUCUUGACUACCUGCAGGAAGUCGACACGUACUUUGACUAUUGCAAGGACGAUGCUACGUGCCGCGACAAGCUCGGCACAGAUCCCGCCAAGGUCCUCCGCAAUCUCUACCACACGCUCGACACCAACGCGACGGCCCGGUCCGCGGCGUGCGUCCGCGCGCUGCCCAACUACUUGGACGCAGCCGUGCCGCCGUCGUGGGCCAUUCGACACCGCCUCAAGCUCCUGCUCGCCGCCGGCGUCGGGUCGCAAGAGCUCAUUCCUAUUUUGAUCUACCGCCUCAACCGGUGCUCGGCCAGCGAUGAAGAGUUCUUGGCCGCGUGGAACGAGCGCCUCGCGUCCUCCGACUUGGCGACCGGCGGUGCCAAUGACCAAGACCGAGACAGCUCGGCGCUGCUCUAUGGUGCCGUCUCGUAUUCGGAGAUGUGGGAGCAGCCCGUGCCGUCCCGAACUGAGCUCGAAACUCGCUUUCUCAACAACCUCUUUGGCUUCAACCUCACGAAUCAGUACCACGACUACUGCGUCUUCACCGGCGCAUCAGCCGACAUUUGCGACGGCAUCAACAAGCCGGACGUCACCUUUACCUACCCCGCCAAGCUGCUCACGACGCCAAAGCUGCCGUCGCAAAGCUCGGUGCUCGUCUUUGCCGGCGUCCUCGACACUCAGACGCCGCUCGGUAUCGCCGUCAACGUCACGCGUGACUUUCACAGCGAUGACCGUGCGCGGCUCAUCACCUACCCCUACGCCGGCCACAGCUGCCUCCUGCGCACGGCAGUGAAGUCCCCGGGGCAACCCACGUGCGCGACGACGGUGCUGGCGUCGUAUAUUCGCCUUGGCGGCAACAUUGCGCAGCUCAACACGAGCUGCCUCGACGACUUGGUCCCGACAGCGUUCACGCUCUCGGCCGCCAAGGCAUCCACUACAUUUGGCGUCAGUGACGCGUACGAAGGCAAGGUCACGACGGUGGUUGUCGCCUCAGCAACCGAGACGACGGCGGCGUCGAUGGAUCAAACGAGCGCGCUUCUUAUUGCCAGCGGCUGCAUCUGUGUCGGGCUCGUGUCCCUUCUCGUUGCACUUCUUCGCACGCGACGUGCCUCGCGGGCGACGUCCCGUGACGUCCUUGUCUGCCAGGCACCGUCGCAGCUCUAA